AUAAGUUUUAAUUAAUUCUUAGUUAAUUUCUCGAUUUCUUGGCAACUCGCUAGGUCCGGGUUUAUAGUCUCAGUCUGACUACCACCUAGGGUAGUUGGGUCUUACUGGUCUUUUACUUAUCUCUUGGGUUUUAGAGUUUCUUCCAAUCUGAGUAUUUCUACAAGAAAAAAAGAGAAGGUUCAAUUUAUUCUUUUGCUGUGGCCCUGUGAGUGAGUGAGUAAUCAAGUAUGAGGUCUCUACCUAGCGAAAGACUAUCCUUGAUGGAAGGUUGUCAAGUGGAAAUCUCUUACACAAAUAAUCGCUUCAAAAAAGUGUGGUACAGUGCCACUAUCGAGUUAGAACGGCAAACCAAACCCAAAUCCAGAUUCCGACAACGCUGUGUCCGUGUGCUUAAGGAUGACUCGUUGGCUCCUCUUACCGUUUUCACCCACAAAGCCUCGUUUCGUCCCAUUCCGACCGAUCGCUACGAAGAUCGGGUCGAGAUAAAGGAAGGCUCCAUCGUGGACGCUGAUCAUAAAGAUGAGUGGUGGGUUGGUCUUGUUGUCAAACAGGUUGGAGAUGACAAGUUUCUGGUGUUGUUCGAUACACCAUCUGAUAUUGUUCUGUUUAAGAGAGAGCAGUUGAGGGUACAUCUCGACUGGGUUGAUGAGACAUGGUGGGUCUUACCUGGACGAAGUGUACAGUUCUUGAGGCAGUUGCAUGAGAAGCCUAUGUUUAUAUCUGGAGCAAUGGUGGAAGUGAGUGAUAAGAUAGAUAAAGGAGAAGUCGUCUGGGUUCCUGCAAUAAUCAUUAAAGAGAUUGUUGAUGAUGAGGAUGAGGAUGAGGAAGAAAAAGAGGAGGAAGAGGAGGAGGAAGAAGAGGAUGAGAAGAAAUACUUCGUCAAGGUUUGUGUUAAUCCCUCGAGCUUUGAGGGUAUCAAGAAAAGACCCAACAAAGAGGUUGACAUGCGUAGUAUUAGGCCUAGACCGCCUCCUUUUUCGGCUGAGGAGCUUAAGUUGGUGGACUAUAUAGAGGUGUUCCAUGGAACAUCAUGGCGUCAAGGGCGAGUGAUUGGGAGAGUGUUUCGUGGACGGUGUAAAGUGCUUUUAGAGGCUACAAACAAGUUGUUGAGCUUCAAAAUCUCGGACAUUAGACCUUCCAAAGUGUGGGAAGACGGCGUAUGGAAGCCAAGGGAAUCGCCUUCGACUCAAGGGUCGGUAGAUGAGAUGAGUGAUUCUAGUAGUACAUUCUCUCCAGCAUCUAACAGUCCACGAGAGAAUCCGAUGGAAUCGCCUUUAACUCAAGGAUUGGUAGAUGAGAUAAGUGAUUCUGGUAAUACAUUCUCUCCAGUAUCUAACAGUCCACCUGUAACUCCAUCUCCGAGCAUAAGUGCAACACCAUUGAUGCAAACACGAGAGAAUGGAACUAGGGAAGAUAACAAUCGGAAGAGGAAGAGAGAAGAAAAGCUUAGUUCUGUUGAGGAAACUGAAGCAAGGGAUAUAACAAUGGUUUUGCCCUUUGAGAAGAAGUUGCCGAUUUGGAAGACAGUUGAAUCAAUGGAGGUAUUUAAAACAUUCCCACAGAGUCCUCAUUUCACUCCAUUGUUGGAGAUUAGAGAAGACGCUCGUGAAAUGUCUGCGGUGGGUAUGUUGCUAACCUUCUCUGGAUUACUUGAGGAAGUCAAAUCUCUGAAACUCAACAAUCCCAUAAGCUCACUAAAUAGCCUCAGUGAUUCCUUUACCGAGUUAGAGAAGCAUGGGUUCGAUGUAAAAGUACCUAUGUUGCGGAUUAGUAAGCUGUUGUCUCUCAUAGAUAGGCAAGCAAAGAAGAUGGAGGAACUUGAAGAUUGCGAGAAAGUGACUGCAGAGAAAGAGAGCACCAAGGUUGAGAACGAACGCAAGAUUCUGGAGCUGCAAAAGCUGAAUGAAGAGGCAGACAAAGAGAUAGCACAGAGUAAGUCAUGUGAAGCAACGAUUGGCCAACAGCUUGACGAUGUGAAGCUUCAGUUUCACACAACUGCGUCUGCUCCAUGGUAAAAUGUUAUAUGACCUCCCAGCUAAGCUCUGUAUUGCAGAUAAGAAAAAGCUAUAGAUUAUAUGUAAUUAGAAAGACUUAGUUGGCCUUUGUAGCCUUACGGAUGAAUGAUGUUUUUAACGCGACAAAUCAAAGACUACUGCCUUAUGAUUUUGAUACCUUGUCUCAAGAAACGAGGUUGUAAGAACUGGUUUACUUUGUACCAAUGCUUUAAUCUUCUCAGGGCAGACUGAUUCUCUUGUUCGGUACAUAUUUUGUAUAAUUAUUGGGAACGAGUGUUUUGCCAGACAUAAGCAUUUUAUAAUUCUUUAUUAAUA